AUGAAAGACGGCCUUGUCCACCCAUCUACUUCACCAAGGCGCGAGCCAACACUUGCUAUUGAUGUGGAACUCAAUGACAUGGCUAAAUCGCCAGUAGUGACGCCCACCGUCGGAUGCCUUCGGCAACGUCUCUCAUACCUCAUUUCGGAAUAUCUCAAGUGCAUCAACUAUACCCGGCCCCCAAAGGUGGACCAAGAAGCACUCCGAGAUGCCCUCCUGGAGAGAGGUCGUCAGGCCGGCGUGCACAUCGACCCGGAUGAUGGCUCGAACAUGAGAUUCGAGGCCGGUCUGGCCGUAGCCGCGGAGAUGUACCCCCUCCACCCCUUCAAUACCCAGCUUCACAUUGGCCUCUUCACCUGGCUCGGCUUCAUUAUCGACGACCUCAACGCCGACCUAGGCACAGACCUGGACAACUUCCAGUCGCGCUUUUUCCGUGGGGAUCCGCAGCCCUGCGCCAUCCUGCAGUGUUUCGCCAGUGUACUGAGGUCUAUGACGGACUACUACGAUCCGGUUGUGGCCAAUCUGAUCGUGCUCUCGGCGCUAGCUUUCGUCAAUUCCAACGCCAUCGAACUCCGCCGAGAGUACCAGACCAUCGCCCUGACAAAGGAUGCUCUCAGCUGGCCGUACUAUUUCCGGGACAAGGAGGGGCUUCCAGAAGUUUACACAUACUUCUGCUUCUACAGAGAGGCGUGCCCUGAUAUAUCCCGCUUCAUGCCCGCGGCGCCAGAGAUGGGCAAGUUCAUUAACUUGACGAAUGAUAUCUUGUCGUAG